AUGGUCGACUCUCGUCGUCGAGCCGCAUUCGCCGCCACGGCCGCGUGCCUCCUUCUCCUUACCGCAAGCUCCGCGACAUCCCGAGCCGCCGCGUUCCACUUGCCGCAAGAUGCGCGCGCUGGCGACACGUCCGCGCAUUUUCCGCCGCUGUUUCCGCCGCAAUUUCCGCGGCAGCACGACGCGCAGGAUCGAAGUAGCGGCGUUGGCCAAAUCGGCAGCGCGCUCGAGUCCUCCUACGACCGCGACGCGGCCUUGGAGCUAGAAUCCACCUACGAGGAAGACGAUGACGUAGCGCGAGCCGCCGGCAUUGGCGCGACGCGUGGCGCGGGCCGUGAUCCCGCGGCGCUCAUCGCCACGUCAGCGGGCUUCGCGUACCCAAUGGCGGCUCCCAUCUACGUGGCCAAGUGGCAACGUGAGUCACAGCGUAGCGUCGCGCUGCUACGCUCAAUCGCGCCUCUCUCAAACACGCCUCUCUCGUAUGCCUUCAACCCUUACACCCCAAAUCCACCCCCAAGUGCCUUUACUGACUCACCCUUCCCCUUCUUCCCUCUUCCUUCCUCAUCUUCCGCCCCCCCCAGUGUCCGUGAGAUGUCGCUUAAGGCCACAUGGUCCAAGUACGCGGACCCAUCCCCAUCCCCUCCCACUUCUUCCCCCCCGUUUCCCCACCUCUUCCGCCGCGCCCCCAGUGUCCUGCCCGUCAUGAUGUCGCUAAAGGCCACGUGGUCCAAGUGGGCAGACCUGAGCUCGUGGGACGGAUCCAAGCCGUGCGAUCAGUGGACGCGGAUCAAGUGCUGGACAGAUGGCACCAUCAGGCGCAUGGAGAUGAGCGGGAUGGGCCUACGUGGCAGUCUGCCGGGGAUCAUUGGCGAUCUCACCACGCUGGAAGAGCUGCUCGUUACCAAGAACUGGUUCACCCACGAGUUCCCCAACCUCUCUAAGCUCGUUCGGUUGAAGAACCUGCAAGUGUGGAGCAACUACUUCAACCACACCAUUCCGCCUGUCCUUGGCAACCUGCGCAGCCUCUACCAGCUGCACCUAAACAUUAACUAUUUCAAGGGUGGUAUCCCCAACACCUUCUCUCAACUCACCAACCUCUACCGCCUCUUUGUUUCGUCCAACCUGCUAUCAGGCACCUUCCCCAGUGUCAUCUGCACCAUGACCACGCUCCGAGAGCUGCGCAUCAGCGGAAACCACUUUGAGGGUUCCAUUCCCCCCUGCGUGAGCCGACUCAAACUGCUCUACUACAUGUAUGUGGACACAAACCGGUUCACAGGAAGGCUGCCCAACUCCAUUGGCACCAUGACCAACCUGCAGAACCUGUUCAUUAACCAGAACAGCAUUGCCGGCCCUCUCCCCGCCACCAUCACCCGCCUAAGAAAGCUGCGUAUCCUCUUCAUGAGCAGCAAUCCCAAGCUCACAGGCAGGCUGCCGCGCAAUCUGGGCAACAUGGUUGGCCUUACGGACCUGGUGAUGGAGUUUUGCAACUUCAGCGGCCCCAUCCCACCAUCCAUCACCCGCCUCACGCGCUUGCAGCGACUCUUGCUAGACAACAACUAUUUCCGUGGCAUAGUGCCGGAGAAUCUCAGCAGACUCACAGACAUUACCAUCCUGUACCUCGAGCGCAAUUUCCUCUAUGGCACGUUCCCCAAGGGCAUAUCCCAGCUGCCCAAGCUCGCCUACCUCAACCUGCACAGCAACCUGUUGACAGGCCCUCUCCCCACCAACUUCCCCAGCACUCGUUUCAUUGAUUACGGCCAGUACAACCUGCGUAACAAUUUCUUCAAUGGCCCAGCAGUGGUAACCGCAGGGGGACGGUCCUUCUGCCCCGUCAACCACACCUACACAGGAGUGUUCUUUGAGUCUUCACUUGCCAAGAACUGCCUCACUUAUCCUGUUGGGAGCCCCUGUGAGAAGGCUGGGCUUGUGCAGGUGCAAGUGCCUACACAUGUGUGUAAGCGGUUUUGUAACGCGGAUACGAACACGUGCGGUGGGAAGGGGUACUGCUGGUUUGGUGGCGGCCGGAACCCGUCUUGUGAUUGCUUUAGGGGAUUUAAGCCCACUGCCGAUAAGCAGUUGUGCGUGAAAGCUUGA